UAACCAUGAAGUUGAAGGAGACAAAAUCAAGGCCAAAGCCACCAAGCUGUGGCAAAUUUCAGGAAGGAAUCAAAGUUGUGGGAAAAUGGAAGCAGGUGAAGAUUGAUCCAAACAUGUUUGCAGACGGACAGAUGGAUGAUUUGGUUUGUUUUGAGGAACUGACAGAUUACCGGUUAGUCUCCCCUGCCAAGAAUUCCUCCAGUCUCUUCUUAAAAGAGGAGUCCAAGAAGAGAAAGGCACAAGCUGUUGCAGAGGGAGAGGAGGAAGGAGAAUCUAGCUCCUCAAAGAAAAAGAUGAAAUUGAAGAAGAGUAGAGAUGUGGCAGCUGAAGGAACCAGUGUUCAGAAAGAGUUUGGGGUCAAAGAUCCUGAGCCAGAGCCCCAGGGAGAUAGCACAGUUUGUCCUGAUGCAGAGGUAGGGGAGAUGGCAUCAGAAAGCCCAGCGCAGACUGUUCCAAAAAAGAAGAAAAAGAAAGGGAAAAAAAAAGCAGAGCCUUCUCAGGGUACUACUCCAAAAGUGUCUAAAAGAGCAAAGACAUGGAUGCCUGAAACACAUGAUCACAAGGCAGAUGUAUCAGCUUGGAAGGAUCUGUUUGUACCCAAGCCAGUUCUCCGAGCACUCAGCUUUCUAGGCUUCUCUGCCCCCACACCAAUCCAAGCUCUGACCUUGGCACCUGCCAUUCGUGACAAACUGGACAUCCUUGGGGCUGCUGAGACAGGAAGUGGGAAAACUCUUGCCUUUGCCAUUCCAAUGAUUCAUGCAGUGCUGCAGUGGCAGGUGAAGAAGAAGCCUACCCCAGUUCUAAGUACCACAGGAGCACCACCUGAGGAGACCAGUACUGAGCCUGGAGCUGAGAUAGGCUCACCAGGCAGGGCUGGAACGGAGUCUGGAGCUUUGCCUGAUAAGAUUGGAAUUGACAGUGAAGCACUUCCCAGUGAGGCUGGAGCCAAGACCAGUGCUACUACCGCAGACCAGGUGCUGCCCUCUCAUGAUGCUGAUGAUGCUGGUGAAGGACCUUCUUCCCUGAUCAGGGAGAAGCCUGUCCCCAAGCAGGAUGAAAACAAGGAGGAAAAGCUUGAUGAAGAGCAUUCCGGAGAGUUAAAACAAGAGCUGAACAGCAAAAUUGCCACCUCUGAAGCACAUCCAAAGCGUCCCCUGCUUGGACUGGUUCUGACUCCUACUCGAGAGCUAGCCGUUCAAGUCAAACAACACAUUGAUGCUGUGGCCAAGUUUACAGGCAUUAAAACUGCUAUUUUGGUUGGUGGGAUGUCCACACAGAAACAGCAGAGAAUGCUGAACCGCCAGCCUGAGAUUGUGAUUGCCACUCCGGGCCGGCUGUGGGAGCUAGUUAAAGAAAAGCAGCCUCAUUUGAGCAACCUUCGGCAGCUCAGGUGCCUGGUGAUCGAUGAGGCUGACCGGAUGGUUGAGAAAGGCCACUUUGCUGAGCUCUCACAGUUGCUAGAGAUGCUCAAUGACUCCCAAUACAACCCAAAGAGACAGACACUUGUUUUUUCUGCCACACUGACCCUGGUACAUCAAGCUCCUGCUCGAAUCCUUCACAAGAAGCACGCUAAGAAAAUUGACAAAACUGCCAAACUUGACCUCCUCAUGCAGAAGAUUGGCAUGAGGGGCAAGCCCAAGGUCAUUGACCUCACACGAAACGAGGCCACGGUAGAGACACUGACAGAGACAAAGAUCCAUUGUGAGACUGAUGAGAAAGACUUAUAUCUGUACUACUUCCUGAUGCAGUAUCCAGGCCGCACCCUAGUGUUUGCCAACAGUAUCUCCUGCAUCAAACGCCUCUCUGGGCUCCUCAAAGUCCUGGAUAUCAUGCCACUGACCCUGCAUGCCUGCAUGCACCAGAAGCAGAGGCUCAGAAACUUGGAGCAGUUUGCUCAUCUGGAAGAUUGUGUUCUCCUGGCGACAGAUGUGGCAGCUCGGGGCCUAGAUAUUCCUAAAGUCCAACAUGUCAUCCAUUACCAGGUACCUCGUACCUCAGAGAUUUAUGUCCACCGAAGUGGUCGAACUGCCCGUGCCACCAAUGAAGGCCUCAGCCUGAUGCUGGUUGGACCUGAGGAUGUGAUCAACUUUAAGAAGAUUUACAAAACCCUCAAGAAAGAUGAGGACAUCCCACUGUUCCCUGUGCAGACAAAGUACAUGGAUGCAGUCAAGGAGCGAAUCCGUUUAGCUCGGCAGAUUGAGAAGGCGGAGUAUCGGAACUUCCAGGCUUGUCUGCACAACUCUUGGAUUGAGCAGGCAGCGGCUGCCCUUGAGAUCGAACUGGAAGAAGAAAUGUAUAAGGGAGGAAAAGUUGACCAGCAGGAAGAGCGUCGGAGACAGAAGCAGAUGAAGAUCCUGAAGAAGGAGCUGCGCCAGUUACUCGCCCAGCCGUUGUUUAAAGAUGAUCUGAAAACCAAGUAUCCAACUCAGUCUGGCCAACCGCCGGUGCUCGGGUCUGCCCCAAGGAACGCUGAGUCUGCGCUGAGCUGCCUCUCCAGACAGAAGAAGAAGAGAAAGAGGAGGCCAAAAGAGCAGCAGCAGCAACAGCCACAGCCAAGCACAAGUGCAAAGUGAGCCCCCAGGUCAGAGUCUGGGUGACCGUGCACCGCGUCUGUGUUCUCGGGUUGUGUGGGAACCUCCCACCUUGCAUUUCCCUCCACCGUCAGCCUCGCUUACAAAAAUCUCCCUCUCUCCACCACUGCCCCCCAACCCAGUAGCAGGGGAGACCUCAUCCAGAUUUGUGUUGUUUCAGAGUAAGAAUUCUGUGUAGCAGUUUGUAUAUUUCUGCAUUCCAGUGUUUACAGGCUUCUUGUAUGUUUAACUGGAUUUCUGCAAUUAAAGACCAUG